GGGGGCCAGGCCGGGCCGGGCGGCGGCUCCGCCCCGCUGCGGGGGCGCCCGCGCCGGCACAGGCGGCUCCUCUCGCCGCGCUGACGCCAGCGGCGCUGGAACACCUGGAGGGGCGGCGGCGCCUGCGGCUCAGCCCUUCCCUCCCCUCCGCAAGGGGAAUUUGUUUCCAAGAGGAGCAGGUGGACGUGUACAGUGAGUAAGUGUCUGAAGAAAACAAGAAUUAUGGAAGGUCAUAAGUACAAUUAUCCAAGAGAAUUUUAUGAUCAAUAUGCUCAAAGUCAAGAAAAAUCUGUGGUCAAUAAAAUGCAGCAGAAAUACUGGAAAACAAAACAAACCCUUAUUAAAGUUACAGGAAAAAAGGAAGAUGAACAUGUUGUAGCUUCAGAUGCAGAUCUGGAUGCAAAACUAGAGCUGUUCCAUUCUAUUCAGAGAACGUGUAUGGAGUUGCUGAAAGCAAUUGAAUUGUAUCAAAAAAGGAUUUGUUUUCUGUCUCAGGAAGAAAAUGAAUUGGGGAAAUUUCUUCGAUCACAGGGUUCUCAGGAUAAAACAAGAGCAGGAAAAAUGAUGCAAGCUACAGGAAAGGCCCUCUGCUUUUCUUCUCAGCAAAGAUUAGCACUCCGUACUCCUUUGAGUAGAUUAUAUCAGGAAGUGGAGACUUUCAGAUACAGGGCCAUCUCAGACACGUGGCUGACAGUAAACCGAAUGGAACAGUAUCGGACUGAAUACAGAGGAGCUCUACUCUGGAUGAAAGAUGUGUCUCAGGAGUUGGAUCCAGAUCUUUAUAAGCAGAUGGAAAAGUUCAGGAAGGUUCAAGCACAAGUGCGACAUGCAAAACUCAACUUUGACAAACUGAAGACUGAUGUCUGUCAAAAAGUGGAUCUUUUGGGAGCGAGCAGAUGCAACCUCCUUUCUCAUGUGUUAACAACAUAUCAGACAACACUGCUUCAUUUUUGGGAAAAAACUUCACACACGAUGGCAGCCAUCCAUGAAAGUUUCAAAGGUUAUCAGCCAUAUGAGUUCACUAUGUUAAAGAGCUUGCAAGAUCCUGUGAAUAAACUAACAGAAAAAGCAGAAAAGGAGGACCAGCAGAUUGAAAGCAACAGUUCAGUGGAAGAUCAGCAGAGUCAGUUGAUUUCAUUAGAAGAGGAGAGCCAUAGCAAGGAAUCGAACUAUUCAGGUGCCAUAGAUGACUUAUUAGACCUGCAACCUGAAGAAAAUGCUUCAAAGGAACAGUUUGUGAGGUCCUUGGAGCCAGAACCUGGUGAUAAGGAUGACAUGGUAUUACUGAAUGAGAUCCUCAAUGCUUCCUCCCUGGAUGAGGGAGAAUUCAGCAAAGAGUGGACAGCUGUGUUUGGACAGGUUGCUGAUCUCACCACGAACUCUUCAACUAGAGAUGGGGAGAACCCUUCAUCGUCUAUGGUACCAGCACCAUCAGGCUACUUGCCCUCACAGCUGCUAGACCAAAACAUGAAUGACUUGCAGUCGUCCUUACAUGGAUGGGCAGCUAACAGUGUGAGCCCACCAUCAAGACCACAGCCAGCACAGAAACCACACAGCCUGAAUGUGAAUGACAGCAAAACGCCUGUGAAAGAAUCUACAAAGAAUCCUAAAGACUUGACUGCUUGGUUCAGUCUCUUUGCUGACCUUGACCCAUUAUCCAACCCUGAUGCUGUUGGGAAAACUGAUAAAGAACAUGAAUUGCUUAAUGCAUGAGUCAGCUGCCUCUGGUAACUUACAUUCUUCCCUUCAUCAACACUAUUUUGGAGUUAAAAAAAAUGAAAGUUAGUAUGCUGUUGUGAAACUAUAAAGUAUGUGCCAUGAUAAUAAAACUAAAGGGAAUGAAUCCCCUUUUAUAUA